AAUACAGAUUCCUCCAAUUUCCCCUUCCUGGAGAUGUCUUUUGAUCUUGAAGUUGGAUCAUCCAUUUUCGAACAGAUAGAUACACCAACUGUCCAGUGAUUGUGAUUGUGACUUUGAUAUACAUGCAACUCAUCAAUUCUUACUUCCGUAGCUCUCCCACCUCACUUCUUUAUUCAUAUCUACAGUUUUCCCUUUUAAGUAUGUAUUAUUAUUCCAACGGGAGGUCGCUGUCUUCAAGGUCCCUUGAUCUCAGCGGUAAGCGGAAAUGGUUGAUAAAGUGCAGCACCGCAAAGAAGUGUUUCAUCUCUUUGUAUCCUCUCAGGAUGUGUAUAUACAUGAAAAUAAUGCAUUAAGUUAAUCUUGGUGUGUAGUGGCGCAGGAGUUCGAUUCAGUAAUAAAUCUUGAUCAUUUUCCCGGCAGCGAUGAAGAUCCUAUUGUAUAAUUUGACUUCCUUAGAUCUGGAAAUUAAGCUUUGUCGUUAAGAAGAUCCUAAUUGGAGGAUAAAAAUUCUCGAGGUCUGCCGUUAUCUACAAGCAUGAAGAUCUGAUAGUAUAAAACUCAUUGAAUCUGGGUAAUUAAGCUUUGUCGUUAAGAACAUACUAGUCGGAGCAUUAAUAAUCUCAACGUACCACCAUUAUCUACUAGCAUCAUGCUACCUAACAACACUGGAAGUGGGAAGAAUGAUACAUGAGAUAAAUUAUAUACGGGUUUCCUGUACGAUGUGUGAGUUUUAUUGUUUGGUUUCUUUCCAAUAACCAGAGGCUUCCUAAGUACUCUAGCCUGAUCAUAGAGAGGCAGAAGAUAUUGAACAGUUGAUCUUGAUUGUGCCACAGUAUUGUGCAGCUUCUUGAAAGUAUCUACUACAACUAUGCUGCACUUUUACUUCGAAUGCUAUGAAUAAAAUAGAAUCUGAGAUUUUGAUAACUAGUCGUCAUCCAAGCACCAUGGAGCGGGUGCUCUCUGCUGUUGGACCUGUACUUUGGAUCGCCAUGAGCUAUGUAGACCCUGGGAAAUGGGCCGCAGCUGUGGAGGGGGGUGCUCGGUUUGGGUUUGACUUGGCUUUGCUUGUACUUUUUGUAAAUUUUUCUGCUAUGUUAUGCCAGUACCUCUCUGCCCUCAUACCCGUAGCCACUGGCCGUAAUCUUUCACAGAUCUGCAGGCAGGAAUAUGAUGACGCGACAUGCUUGCUUUUAGGAAUACAUGCAGAGAUAUCAAUGAUUAUUGUAGAUCUCACAAUGGUUCUGGGUACUGCUUAUGGGCUGCAUGCUGCCUUUGGAAUCGACUUAUUUAAUUGUGUCUUUUUGACUGGCUUUGAAGCUGUUCUGUUUCCAUUUUUCAAUAUCCUCCUUGAAAAUACUAAAGCGAAGACCGUCUCCGUAUGCCUGGCAUGCUUUAUAUUUGGAACUUAUGUUUCUGGAGCUCUAAUAACUCAACCAGAAAGCUCACUUUCUGUCAGUCGGAUGCUUAAUAAGCUUACGGGGGAAAAUGUCUAUGCAUUAAUGAGUAUAGUUGGAGCAAAUAUUACACCCCAUAACUUUUACUUGCAUUCUUCAAUUGUACAGCAAGAUCAGGGGCAAGCUAGGACUGCUAAAGGGGUAGUAUGCCGCGAUCUUUUUUUUGCCACUUGUUGCAUUUUUAGCGGCAUUUUCCUAGUGAACUGUAUGCUCAUGAACUCUGCAGCUAAUGUGUUCUAUAGUAGCGGACUCACUUCACUCACCGUACAAGAUGCACUGUCAUUGUUUGAUCAGGGAUUCAGGAGCUCAGUUGCUUCGGUUCCGUUAAUACUCAUUGUAUUUUUUUCCAACCAGCUCGUGGCAGUGACAUGGAGUCUUGAAAGAGAAGAGAUCAUCCAAGACUUCUUUGGGUUGGAGAUUCCUGGUUGGCUUCACCGAGCUACAAUCAGAAUAAUUGCAAUCAUUCCAGCUCUAUUUUGUGUUUGGAAUUCGGGAGGUGAAGGUAUAUUCCAAUUCCUGAUAUUUACACAGGUCUUGGUAGCUCUUUUACUCCCUUCUUCGAUCAUCCCUCUUUUCCAAGUUGCUUCUUCCAGACCAAUUAUGGGUGCCUACAAAAUUUCACAUCCGGUGCAAUUCUUGGCUAUAGUGAUCUUUGUCGGGAUGUUGGGACUAAAUAUCUUUUUCGUUAUAGAAUUGGUAUUUGGAAGCAGCGACUGGGUUACAAGUUUAAAGUGGAACAUCGGUAGUGAUGUGCCUGUUUUGUACCUUAUUCUUCUUAUGGCUGCUUUUACCUCCCAGCGUUUGAUGCUUUGGCUUGCUACAACUCCAUUGAAAUCUGCACGGUGGAGGUUAGAUUCUCGGGCAUUCAAAAGGGGGAAUAGAUAUGCAGGGAUUGAUUCGAUUUCUGUAACUGAAGACCCUACUGGAACCACUCAAAAUCAGUAUAAAUUGGUGGCUGGAUCAUCAUCAUCCAAGAAAUCCGAGAUCUUAUCUUGUUCGUCACUUGCAGCAGCCAUUCCGGAGUUUUUACCUGAAUCCAGAAAGGUUGAUGAAAAAGCUGAUUUUUCAAAGCUUGAAGUAAUGAUUAAGGACAUAUCCGAUAGUGGCCGGUCUCUGAGAUCUGAAGAUCCGAAAUCAUUAAAAUGUUCUAGCAGAAAAGGUGAUGAUGUAGGAAGUGGUGCAGGCAGUGUGUCUAGAUUUUCUGGAUUAAGCUGUGCUGCACGACACCAGUUAACUGCAGUCCUCGAUGAAUUCUGGGGACACCUCUUCGAUUUCCAUGGUCAACCAACACAUGAAGCUAAGGUUAAGAAACUGGAUGCAUUACUUGGGAUCGAUGUCAAAAGUAUUCGUAAAGAAUCGAGUCGAUAUAUCCCUUCGGCCAUCUACAAUGGUUCAUUGCAGCAAAUUGGUCAGCACCACUCUGCAACACCUUGUUCAUUGGGGCCAUCGAUGAAACCUAACUACGUGCACUUUCUAGAUCUGUAUGUCGAGAAUUUGAGCUGCAGUGCUAUCGACUCUGCUAGUGAGAGGCGCUAUCACAGCAUGUGUCUUUCGUCGUCAUCUUAUUACCGUGAUCAGCAGCCGGCUACCAUACCUGGUUGCGACAUUGCUUCGUAUCUGAUCCGAGUAGCCAGAAAAAAGGCUUCCGGCUAUCCCAAAAGUCAAAUUGAUUUGAACUCGACAGAUGCAUAUAAUCAAUCAUCGGGGAAAAAGCCAAGAAAUAGACUAUGCUCGCCUCCCGUUUUUCAUAAUAUUUUGAAAUCAGAUAGAUACUUUCGUGAUCCUGGCUUUCCUAAGUCCACCUAUUACAGAAAUAUCGAGAUCAAUGUGAAGAAAUUUCGCAGCUUACCAAAUGUCUCCGGACUCUUGACCUCUUUCGGAAGUUCUUGGGAUCGUUCCUAUGGCCUUCCAGCAGUCAAGAAAAUGUGUUCCGGUUAUUCUCCUUCAAAAGUUCGUCGAAAUUCUUAUUCGGCGAAAUUCAGCUCCCAUUCAAGCGCCACUUCACUAUGGCCUACUCAGCCUCAUGAACAAUUCGGCGUCGCCGGAGAACUUCCUAAAUAUCAAGAAUUUGCCUUGAGUAUGAAUACGGAAGCUAAUCUUCUGAAGUUGUUCAGAAAGUGUACGAUGAAACUCGUGAAAAUUGAGGGCUCUGAUUGGUUGUUCAGAUCGAAAGAUGGGGCUGACGAGGACCUCAUCAGUCGAGUUGCUGCACGGGAGAGAUUCUUCCACAAAAUCGAAACUCUGACUUCACAACAUAAAUUUGGUUCUGCUAUGCAAAUUGAUGACAGAGAACAUCCCAAGUUCGUCUCUGUCCCAAACUGUGGAGACGGAUGUGUUUGGCGUGUCGACAUUAUUACAAGCUUCGGAGUUUGGUGCAUUCUCCGAAUCCUGGAACUCGCCCUCGUUGAAAGCAGGCCGGAGCUUUGGGGGAGAUACUCCUACUUACUCAAUCGGCUUCAGGGGAUUAUCGAUCUUGCUUUCUCGAAGCCUCGCGCAACAUUGCCACCGUGCUUCUGCCUUCAGCUUCCGUCGGGAUACGAGCAAAAUUCAAGUUUGGAAAAUGUGAACAGCAGCUUCUCAGCAGCAACGGUGGUGGCCAUGAUCGAAGAUGUCGAAAUUGCUCUGUCUCGUCGCAAGGAUCGAUCGAAUGCAGAAGAUGGCGACGACGUGGCUUUUCUUAAAGGGAAAGAGAAAUUGGCUUUCGUUCUGAAACAAUACAAGUGUCGUUUGUCGAGUAACCCGGCUGGUGUGUCUCCGGAAGAUGCCGAUGGAUUGUGCCGAGGCUCGACUGAGCCGCCGCCGCCGCCGUCGUCGACGCGGUAGCUGUCAGUUUUUUGUGUCAGCUGGUGAAGAUAAGAGUUAUUGUUGAUUUUUGAAGAUGCAAAGGUUUGUGUUGUGAAAUGCUCUCUACUUGUGUUUUGAGUUUGUGCUGUUGUAUACUUAGGAGAGUCUAAGAGCAGUGAAUUUGCAAAAGUUUUAAGACGAAGCUUUUGCAAAAUAUUGCUCGAAAUGAUGGAUAAAAGAUCAUAACUUUUGGAUUUUAAUAUUUUUUUUUUUAUACUCCCUAAAUAUUAAUUUUAAA